CCACAAAGGAUUGUGGGUGGAAUCCAACAUGGCGGCGUGCAGACGACAUUAGCCGGUAGUCUGUCCGGUUUGUUGUAUUUCUAUAAUUUGUAGUCGUCCAAAAUAGGUACAGAAGUUGUUUCAAAGUGACAAAUAAGCAACCGGAUAGGUAUGAACGAUUUGGGCUCCGAGUCAUCCUGAAAAUGUUGCAAAUUCAUAAGUAUGCGCCAUAAAUUACAAGAUCUCGAACAAUGGAGCUGAUGAUGACAGAGACCUAAGACACGUUACCCAUCCAGCAUGAGGAACCUCCACUCCUACAUUCAUUCCUUCACCCAUUCCAGGAUCCCCAUCCUCACCACUCUGUACUUCGUGCAGGGCCUCCCGUACGGCAUCCAGGCCCGCUUUCUACCCAUCUACCUGCGCACCAAGAACGUCUCUCUCACCAACCUCGGCUUCAUCAAGCUUCUCCUGUUACCAUGGUUACUCAAGAUCGUUUGGGCGCCGCUUCUCGAUCGCUACAGCUCCAAACAGACAUGGCUGCUGGUCAGCAUGGUGGGGCUCGCACUCGCAAGUCUGGCGGGCGCCGCAACCGACGAGGAACACUUUCCCAGCCUCUGCGCGGUUGUGUUCUUCAUGAACUUCUUCGCGUCGACGCAGGACGUUGCAGUGGACGGAAUCGCGGUGGCGAUACUGAGCGCGGACGAGCUUGGGAAGGGGAACACGGCGCAAGUCGUCGGUUACAAACUCGGGUCGAUCGUUGGCGGGGGCGGGCUCGUGUGGCUGAGUGAGUACCUACCCUGGCAUACCUUGUUUCUUGCCUUAAGCAUUACCUACUUGAGUACGAUAUUAUUAGUGUGUCAACUGCCCCAACUUUGGGGCAUAUACAUCAGGAAAAACAAAUGUAACGGGGACUCAAAAACAUUUCAGAGCAACACAGAAAACAAACGUGAGCCAAACAUAAAUGGAUACAUCCGUACAAGUCAAGAAAAAGGCCUUAAAGAUGUGUACAACAAAAAAGCAGAAGGAGCUGAUGACAGAAAUGCUGCUGUUACAUACAGAAACACUAGUUGUACAGAUGGAGAGAAGAAAAGAAGAGGAAGAGCAGAUGACUGGUGGAUGCUGGAGGUACUGAGGAGCCCAGGAACAGGAUGGAUGGUUGUGUACUGUCUACUGUACAAGUUAGGUGAGCAAGGUGCGAACGGCAUGUUCCCCCUGUACCUGGUGGACCAGGGAGUCCCAAAGGGAGCAGUGGGGAUGUGGACAGGUGUGGUGGGGCAGGGACUGUCCAUUGUUGGUUCACUCCUGGGGGGAUGGCUGCUGACAGGAUACUCCAAAAGAACGCCCCUCGACCUUCUGCACUUGACCUUCAAGUUGCGACUGUUACCCAUAAUCCUCCAGAUGGCAGUUAUCUGGGAAGGAAGCACACGGGAGUCUUCCUAUUCAUAUGGUUUGGCGGUGGCCUCCAUGUGCCUGCUACAACUGGUGGGCGGGGCCAUCACCACGGCAACCUUCACCACCAUGAUGCACUGCUCCCAACAAGCGCCCCCUAUCAUCCAGGGCAGUCACUACACCUCUCUUGCCACCUUCGAAGUCAUGGGCAAACUGUUGUUCAUGACAGUUGCGGGAAGUCUUACUGAUUUCUUUGGCUACUUUAAUAUCUAUGUCUUCUUUGUGUUUCUGAGUGUAGGUGUGAUGCCACUGUUAGAAGUCUGUCCUAUUAACUUUCACAAAAAACAAGUAAGUUAAGUCAUAAAAUAUGGAGCUGGUAUGAAUAAGAACUUAUAUCUAUACAAUUCUACAGUCUAUCACUACAGUUCAACUUGGUUCUCAUACUUCAGUUCACACAUGCAAAGAUCCUAAUGUUUAUGAAAAUGUACCAAAAUUUGUCAUAUCUGUAUUCUUGUUAUCGCACCAGGUAAGAGUAUGAAGUAUGUUUUUCUCGGAGCUGACACAACAUAGACUUAGUCGUAAGAUUUACUAUGAUGUAAUGUUACUAUUAACGUUACUAUUGGGUUCAAGCAUAAAAAAGUUGAGAGGAAAGUGUAAUAUAUAAUAAUACUAGUACAUGUAUUUUAUAUUUUCUCUUAAGUAUUUAAAUCACAGACAUUUGAAAGUAGCUUAUUGAACGUAGUGUCACUUUUAUAUCAUAAUGUUCUGAAAAAAAGUGUUAGAAUUUGAUAGAGCUAGUAUACAACAACAUAUUUUACUUAAUACAUGUAACGUUAGCUAGAUUUAUUGUUAGGCAACACCAAUUCUUCGAUUUGCCAGCGUCAUUUUUUUCUGGUAUUGAAACUUGAAAGAUUUAAACAAAGAUCACAAA